AUGCUCAACGCUUCCAAACGUUCACCUUUUUCGCAGAAAACUACGGCUGCCCAAAGGUGUCACAAAAGAGUAUGGGGGGGUGUAAUUGUUUCAGUUACAUUUUGUAGUUCAAGUCAAAUCCCUUUAAAUAUCUCACAAGUCUUUCUUUCUCCACUAUUUAUUUUUCUUUCUUUCUUUCUUUCUUUCUUUCUUUCUUUCUUUCUUUCUUUCUUUCUCUCUUUCUUCUUUCUUUCUUUCUUUCUUUCUUUCUUUCUCGCUUCCUUUCUCUCUUUCUUUCUUUCUUUCUUUCUUUCUUUCUUUCUUUCUUUCUUUCUUUCUUUCUUUCUCGCUUCCUUUCUCUCUUUCUUUCUCUUUCUUUCUUUCUUUCUUUUUCUUUCUUUCUUUCUUUCUUUCUUUUUCUUUCUUUCUUUCUUUCUUUUUUUUUUUUCUCCUUUCCUUUCUCUUUUCUUUCUUUUCUUUUUCUUUCUUUCUUUCUUUCUUUCUUUUCUUUUUUUUUUCUUUCUUUCUUUCUUUCUUUCUUUCUUUUCUUUCUUUCUUUCUUUCUUUCUCUUUCCUUUCUCUUUUCUUUCUCUUUUCUUUCUUUCUUUCUUUCUUUCUUUCUUUCUUUCUUUCUUUCUUUCUUAUUCCUUUCGUUCCUUUCCGUUUCACACUGCCUUUUCUCUCUUUCUUUCUUUUUUGUUUGUUUGUUUCUUUCUCUCUUUCUUCCUUAUUUCUUUCGUUCUUUUCCGUUUGACACUGCCUUUUCUCUCUAUCGCUUUCCUUUUUUUCUUUCUUUCUUUCUUUUUUUUUCUGAAACGCAUGAAUGCAUGGAUAUACUCAGUGUCCGCCACAAGAUUAUUCUCUCUCUCUCUCUCUCUCUCUCUCUCUCUCUCUCUCUAUCUAUCUAUCUAUCUAUCUAUCUAUGACACUUGGAAAAAAAACCUUACAUUUUGCCGACGCAAUUCAUCUGGGAAUUUAACUAUAUCUAUCUAUCUAUCUAUCUAUCUAUCUAUCUAUCUAUCUCUAUAA